AUGAAAUUAAUAAAUUUAUUUAUUCCUCUUUUACCAACUGGUAGUAUUUUUAAUAAUAAUGGCCAACCUAAACAAGUGGUAGAAGCCCAAGUUAUUCGUUGCCCUUGUGAUGGUUCACGUCGGAAUGCUGUUGGUCAAA